GUGAGGGGCUUGCGUCACUUCCACUCGGGAUCGGCGAUUGUUCUGCGAGGCCUCGUGCGGUUUCACCAUGCGUAUUGAGAAGUGUUAUUUCUGUUCGGGGCCCAUUUAUCCCGGCCACGGCAUGAUGUUUGUCCGCAACGACUGCAAGGUGUUCAGAUUCUGUAAAUCCAAGUGUCAUAAAAACUUUAAGAAGAAGCGCAAUCCUCGUAAGGUCAGGUGGACUAAAGCAUUCCGUAAAGCAGCUGGUAAAGAGCUUACAGUGGAUAAUUCAUUUGAAUUUGAAAAACGUAGAAAUGAACCUGUUAAAUACCAGCGAGAGUUAUGGAAUAAAACUAUUGAUGCAAUGAAGAGAGUUGAAGAGAUCAAACAGAAACGCCAAGCCAAAUUUAUAAUGAACAGAUUAAAGAAAAAUAAAGAAUUACAGAAAGUUCAGGACAUCAAAGAAGUCAAGCAAAACAUUCAUCUUAUUCGGGCCCCUCUUGCAGGCAAAGGAAAACAGUUGGAAGAAAAAAUGGUGCAGAAAUUACAACAGGAUGUGGACAUGGAAGAUAUUUCUUAAAGAUCUCACUAAGCAUUUCUAUAAGUGCAUUUGAAAAUCUUAGUCUCGACAAAGAACUUCUAAAUUAUUUAUAUUUUAAAUAAGGUCACUCAAAUGAAAGGUAAUUAAAAAUACAUCUCUUCUGCAUUGCUGUCUGUUAGAAUGCAUUUCCAUUGUUAAACCUUCACUGAUAGUUACAUUUGUGUAAGUCAUGCAAAUUCUUUUUAUAAAUACAGAAGUGAAGCAUAGGCAUAAAAUGGUCCUGCCACUUGAGCCUCACAUAUUGAAGCCUAAUUAUGUUGGACUCUUUUGACCUGAUUCCACUGUUUUGAUAGGCUGCUCUUAAUGUUGGAGGUGAGAGCUGAAUAGCAAGUUCCUGAAAUGGCACUGUGUACUUUCCACUUUGGAGAACACUCAAUUUUGAGAUUCCUGAUAGAACCAGAUUUAUUUUUAUAGCUUAGCAAUUGGUUUAGAAGCAGAGGAAUCCCAGUGCCUUUUAAGAUAUGUUGUUUGGUUUUCUUUUAAAAAGGUCCUAAUUGUUUUUGGAAAAUAGAAUUUAUGGUUUUUAUGGUACAAAUUAUUUGGACCUAUGAUCAUUCUAAAGUAAGUAUCUGCCAAUUUUUUGUUUAAAAGGUACUAAAAAAAAAGUAUUAAUUAGUGGGAAGAAAAUAACACUCUCCUGCAUACUACUGAAGUAGGAAAUACAAUUAAAGAAAAAUAAAUAUUAAAUAAUGGAUUUAUAUUUCUCCAUUUUUUGCAACUUGAAGGAUAUUAAGUAACUCACUUUUUAUGUUUUUUAAGGACGGAACUUAGAAUGAAUUACAAUCUUAGGGUUAUAAAAUUAUAAAGUGAUGCCUAAAUUUUUACUGUAGAAUUAGUGAAAAAGUGAUCACUGGACAAAGUCUUUAGGAAAAAGACUGAAUUCCAGUGUGGUUUUGCCCUUAUGUUCUUAUUUGUUAAAUAUGGCUCAUUAGUAAACAUUAUUAGUAAAACAAUUAGGGGAAAUGACAAAUUACUUGAAAUUUUUAACUCCAUACUAGAUUUAUGGUUUUAAUAUAAACAUGUAAGAUUACAUACUGUCAGAUUUCCUACCUCACUGUUAGCUCUUGCCUUGAGACCAUCAAUUUGGAAAGGAUCUGAAAGGAAGAACUGACAAUGCAUCUCAAACUUUAACAUCCAAACGGUUCUCUUAACUGUCAGGAAUUCAUAGUAUUUUGAGAUUCCAAAUAUGAUUAUAAACUGUGUGAAUGCAGAUGCCACAGACUCCCCUCCCCCCCAAACUCUCUAAGCAUGGUUGUAUCACUCAACUGACCUUUUAAAAUGUUUCCUGAGAAGUGGCAUGGUAGAAUGCUAUUUUUUCUGUUUGUCUGAUUGGGGCCUCUGCUGGGCAGUUAGUAUAACACAAAAGCAUAAAAUUUUCCACACCUUUGCUUUACAGUACUUUUAUAUUCUCCAAUUGUUUAAGGGUAAUAAUAGCUUUAGAAGUCCUAGAAAAUAAUUUAACACACUUACCUUAUAAAACCUUGUAGAAUAGCAGGGAAAAAAAAACUUAUUAAAGGGUACUUGGUUGA